GGUGAAGGACACGACGCGUGCCUGGCGCCUGGGAUUGGGCGUGGCAGGUAGAAGUGGGCGUGGCUCAAGCCCGCUCUCUUCCUGGGGCUCUUCAGUGAUGGAGACGAUGGUGGGCAAAGGACGGCAGAGGAAUCCUUUUUUCUUUAGGAUGCGCCCCACUUAGAAAGGGCCCAGUUGUGUGAAUGGAGAAAUCACAAAAUGGAGAAAAGCACAACCUAUAAACUGGAUGACUUAAACAAAGGUUUGGAGCUGGUUUUAAACAUCGACGAUGAAAGCAGGCACAAGAAACUGCAGGAUCCAGAUGGUCAUGGUGACAUAAGAGAGCCCCGAAAAGGAAGACUGAAAAAAGAAGGCUCUGUAACUCAGAAGGAUCACAGGGUUCACUCAAGGUCUCCAGUUCUUGAUGGCAAAGGCAGUGAAGGAGACGUAUUCAGCCGUUUUGCACAGAAUGGGCAGGCAGCAGAGAAAGGAAUGUCUGAUAAUGACUAUAUUUCAGAGAAAGGACCCUAUGAGGAACAGCGAGCUUUUCCUUUUAAACCUGAUGGAGAGCAGGGCUCCAAACAAGAAUCCAUAUUGUCUGAAGAGGAUUUCUCCACGGGCCUUGAUGGUAAAAUUCAGGGAACAAGUAAAAGAAAAAGCGGAGAAAAGACGUUUUCUAAACCUGAACAUUUGUCAAAAUCUUCCCUGAGCACAGGCAUCAAGGAAUGUGCAACAAUGAAACCAUGUUAUGUAUUGUUGGAAGACAUGUAUCAUGGGGAAAAAGCCAAGGAUAUACAUUACUUAAAGGCUCUGAAUGCGAAGGAGCGGCCGCCAAAAGCGCGCAUAGAUAAGGGGGAUGUCUUGAAAAAAUUGCGAAGUGCCCUGCACAAUGUGCUGGACAAAAGCUCUCCUAAAAACUCACAGAAGCCUCUCCAAAUAAGAAACGAUGACAAGCCACUGGAAAAGGGAAAAAGGGAUGAGCUGCAAAGGGAUUCGGAGCUGAAGAGCCUGGUAAAACGUCUAAAUUCUGGGGGAUCAGAGACUGUGGGAGGAAAUAUGGAGCUGAACAGCCCUGGAAAGGUACGACAUUCCGGAAGAUCAGACACAGAUCACAGCGCUGAAAAGCAGGGCUGUCGGAUCAGCUCUCCAGAUAUCACCGCUAUAUGCGAGCAGGGUGUUUUUGCAAGGUUUUCUUUUACGGACCCGGACGAUGACAAUUCUGUCAUAGAUCUUUGCGACAUACAAGAGGAUGUAAAAGUAAUAGAGAGAAAGCAGGGAGAUCCUGCCCGGGUUUCUGAGGCAUCGAAGCUGAAGGCUACUUCUUUCAAGCCCCCCAAAAUGUUCAUAGACUAUGGGAACAAGAUGGUUAAACAGGCUCUUGGGGAACAGACCAGUCACAAAGGAGGAAAGUUCCCCAAAGGACCUCAUUCAGUGUUUUCUAAAGAAGCACUUAGGGAGGAUGUUGGCCAACCCAGUGGAAUAAACGUCUUCCCCGCUUCCCAUAGAAAGACUUCUCACACAAGCAAAACAGACUCUUCUUGUUCGGCUAAAAAGUUGGUUGGUAAAGCCAAAUUCCCCAACGUAGCUCCUAAAAGAACCAGUGCUUCCCGUUUGUCGGAUAAAGCGACCAGUGAAGAGGGACAUCAGGUCAGUUGUGGGUCUCGACCUCAUGUUCCGUUGCAUUUGGGCCAUAAAUCAGGGCUUAAGGAUAUGUCUCCUCGGAGAACCAAAACGACAGCAUCCUCAGGCAAAAGAACGGUUCCAGAUCGGAACGCGUCGAAUGAAGAUCGGACGGAGGUGGAAGAACCGGAAACGGAAGAAGAAAGUCUGCCGCCACGUCAGUCUCAGGGCGUACAAAUUGUCUUUUACGAAUUGUCCGGGUCACGAGUCAAGCUCCUUGGAAGUCCCAUUGCUAGCCGUGAUAACUUCCAUUCGGGAAGGGUCAUAGAAGUGGAGGAUUCUUCCAACAGUGAGGGAAGCCAAGGCAGCUUUGUUACUAUAUCUCCAGGUAGGAGAAAUGAAAGGCAGCUGGAUUCAGCAAACAAAGGUUUAAAUUUAGAGGAUAGCAAUGCUAAGAAGAGAAGCCAGGGAUUGAAUGUUUCCACCGCUCCAGCCCAGUUGUCUGAGAAACAGAGUCGCAGCAAGGUUGUCGAUGCCUUGAACGAGACCCUCCAGAAAAGGUUGGAAGCUUCGCCCGAGGUGACUCUCCCGGGCAAGGACGUCUCCAGGAUCGCCCGGCAGGUGGAGAGGGAGCUCUUCCGCCUCUCCUGCUCCGUGGACCAUCAUUACCGAAGCAAGUACCGUAGCCUGCUGUUCAACCUGAGGUCACCGGAAAAUCAGCCCCUCUUUCAGAAGGUGGUCCUAGGAGAAAUCACCCCCAAACGGCUCGUUCAGAUGACCUCUUUAGAGUUGGCGCCCAAGGAGCUGGCGGAGUGGAGGGUCAAAGAGAGCAAACGGGUACUGGAAAUUAUCCAGAAAGAGGAGCGAGAAGCCCCAAAGUGUUGCUCCUCCAAAUUCACCCACAAAGGCAUCGUAGAGAUAGACAGAGACGUUGAGGAGGACCUGACAGCAAAGGAGAUGUUUAAGGAAACGCCUCCAUCUCAGGGCAAGAUCAUAUCCAAGAGGCCGACGGAGCUUAGAAGGGACGCAGGGGAACCAUCGGAUGGCUUUAGAUCUCCUGCUUCUACAGGAAAGGUGACUGCUGACUGCAACGCAAGGCAGAAGCCCCCUUCAAACAAACGCAGUUUCAGCCAGAAAACCAAGCCUAUAUUCUCAGAGGGAGAAGGGAAAGCUUUGCAGGAGGACAGUCCCGUCCCUGCUCUCUUUCCCAAAAAGCAACGGGUGGAAGAGCCCUCCUGGAUCGGAUUCAUCCGCAUGUUCAGCAUAAAGCAGUUUUGGGCCAAGGCCUAUCCUGUUUCUGGCCCAAGCGAUCAGCUCUGCCAGGGUUUACCUCAUUAUCUUCAGUCAAAGGGCUGCAUUGUUCCGGAGGACGUCUGGGCCUAUUUAGAUGCCAUAUGGCCAGCAAAAAGCAAGGAGAUGGGAGUGAUACGGUUCCAGCCCAGCCUCUCCCGGGACUCCAGCCUGUACAACAUGCUCUACACAUAUCUGAACAACAAGCAGCGCUAUGGCGUGGUGGAGAACCCUGGGAUGGAGGUGUUUGUGGUGCCUUUGGCGGCCUACCAACCGGUGCCUUCCAAACUCCGUCCACUUGGAGGACCAGGCCUGGAUCCAUCCCACCCGUCUUUGUUGCUGGGGCUGCUUCUGCCCAAGAGAACAUCUCAAAGUGCUUUGGAAACGAUGGUGAGCCUUUCGCCGAAUCCCAAGAAGAAGGUGGUUCGAUUUAGCGACAGCCCCCAAACCAGGUGCUCGGCCCCUCCUUCACCGCCUCCUCCUCCUCCUCCGCCGCCCCGUCUUCCCAAAGGUGGGCCCGUCUCUUGGAAGGAGAACCAGGUUCCGCCCGUGUUUCCUCGAGGAGAUCCGUCCCCCCAGGAGACCCUCCUGGGCUUCACCGAAGAGUUUUGCAGGGAUGUGUUUCAAAGGGACCCUCAGUGUUUCAAUCCCGAAGGGCCGGGAGACGGAGCUCCUCCGGCCGCUUUUGAGGAGCCCCCUUGGAUCGGGCCUCCGUGUCCGGCUGGGGAUCAAGUCCCACUUUGCGUGGACUCCGACCCUUCGCAGAUCUGGAACAUGUUGGGGCUCCUCAUGGGUCCGGAGCAGCAUGGAACCUGCGGUGUGCCAGCACCAGAAUUCUUCAGUGACCCCCUUUUCACCGGGGUGAUGUCUCCUUGCAAUGCACCUCUGGUCCCACCUCCGGCCUUGAACCCCGGUUCUGUCGCCGGAGAGUCCGGUUCACUCUUGGAGGGGACUUUAUCCCUGAUGGACCAGUUGCAGACCUGCCUCCAGAGCCAGGAGCCGCAACCGGCAGCCUUCGGUCUCCCCGCGGUGCCCCCCGAAAUCACCUCCACCUUCUCUCAGGCCGCCGUAGGGCUGGACUUCCCCUUGGUCCAGGGGGAGGACGGCACCUUUGCCCACCUCCAACAGCUCUUGGCCACUUUGAGCGGACAGAUUCCACCCCCUUCAGCCCUUUGAGGAUUAUAGUUGUAAUUCAAAAUCUUAAUUAAAAAAAGUAUAACCAUAAA